CUACCAUCUUCCUUUGUCUUCAACUUGAUGUGCAAUCCACAUAUCAACGAUACAAAGACAACGCCCCAUCGUUCUAGUAGCGACCCAAGUCAGGAUUAGUGAAGCCUGAAAGCGGGCGAUGGCGUCGACUGCGGGUGCUCCGCCGCCGAUCAAGGAUGACUACCUAGCGAAACUGGCCAAACGGAAGGCCCUGAAGGAGAAGAAUAUCAAGUAUUGGGAGGACGAUGCCUUGAAAGCCAAGCCUCCUCUCGACUCCUCACUGAAGAAGCACACAACCCUGCUCAACCGUCUGAGGUCCGCUUUACUCACAACAUCUGCGGAAGCCUUUCUUAAAGAGCUCGAUGGUCUGACUCUUACCAAGUACACUGAGGAGAUCCGAACUGCUGUACUUGAAGGUAUCUCUGGGACUGCAGCGAAAGGCAAAGCAGAUGUCGAAGGAGCUGUGGAGGUCGUGACUCAUUUGCAUGCUCGACUCGCACCGGAUUUCUAUCCCAGCUUCCUUCCUGAGUUGAUCUCGAUCACCAAUGAAGCACAAAAUGCCGCUCCGACAACCUCUGGUGCGGGGAAUGAUAAGGACAGAGAGAAGGAGGAAAAAGAUCGGAUCUCGCGAAUGCGGCCGGUCCUGCGGAUGAUCGCCGAGUUGUCUCUGGUGGGAGCCUGGGAGGGAUACGAAGGUGGAAAGGCUAUGAAGGGGGUUCAGUCGGAAGAUAUUGGGCCCACAUACGUCUUGGACCGCCUGACCUACCUGAUGUCGAACGACCCUCAGUACAACAACAUCCCUCUCCUGGUAACUUUUCUGAAAUCAUACAAGCGCGCCUACCUGGGUCUGGACGAGCAGGGAGAUACCGCUGCUGCAGCGAAAGAGGAUUCGGCAGACGAAGAGCUCGUCCCGGCUGCUUUUCGUGAGAAAUUUAGAAAGACUUUCGAGGACUACUUCAAGACGGCUGGAAAGGCUCUCGUCAAAGGACAGACUAAACUGCUCGAGCAAGACAAGCGGAAUCAAGAAGCCUAUAUCAAAGCGGGAGAGAUAUUCGAAGACCGGCAGCACGCAUAUGAGCGUAUGGUCAAAGCGGUAGAGAAAUUGCAAAACGGCGUUCAAAGUCUAGCGGACCUCUUGAACAUGAAGGUUCCUGAAGCUCCUACCGCUCUGGGUAUCUCCAAGACCUCGUUGCAAAUCGUCGACUCUGGCCCAGCUUUCGGUAAAGAUGGAGAGGAUAAUCUGGCAGGAGGUAUCUGGGACGAUGACGAGGAGAGGAAGUUUUACGAGGACAUCCUGGAUCUGGCUCAUGAGGUUCCGCCCAGUAUUCUCGGCCUCAAGCAGAAUGGCGAAGUCGAACAGAUCGAGCCGGACAUCCUUUCACCUCCGACCAAGACUUUGUCGAUCCACGAGCUUGACGAGGAUGCCCCGAUGAAUGACCUAAAGGAAGACAUCGACGAUGACACGGGAGAGAAACCGCCUGUCGUCGAAGACGAUGGAGACCCACUGCAGUCGGGACCUGCGGCCAGGUUGGCAGCCAUCUUCGCCGCCCUUCCUGAAGCCAACAACCGGACGAUCAUCGACAAGCUCGCUGCGGAUUUCGCCUACCUAAACUCGAAACCGGCGCGCAAACGGUGCUACAAGUUCUUGGGGAGCGUACCGAAGACGCGUACCGACCUGUUGCCUCAUUACGCUCGCUUUGCCGCAACGCUCAACAAGUACAUGCCGGAUAUCGGUGUAGGGCUCGUUGCGAUCCUGGACGAGGAAUUCAAAUAUCUGCAACGAAAGAAAUUAGUCAAGGAGCUUGAGUCCGUCCGAAUCAAGAACAUUAGAUUUUAUGGAGAACUGGCAAAGUUCAAGGUCGCUCAGCCGCACACGAUUCUUCACGUAUUGCAAGUCUGCGUCAGUGAUUUGACCGGCCCAAACGUGGACAAUGUCGCCAAUCUGCUCGAGAGCUGCGGGCGUUUCCUACUGCGUUCGGAAGACACCAAAGAGAAGGCGAAAACUCUGGUCGAAAUCAUGCGGCGAAAGCAAUCUGCUCAGCACUUCGAUACCCGACAACAACUGGUCUUAGAGAACGCUUACUACCAGUGCAACCCGCCUGAGCGAGUACAACGGGAACAGGUCCAGCUCACCCCGAUAGAAGCCUUCAUUGAACACCUCCUUCAUGACGUGCUCAUGAAGAAGACGGUCGACAAGGUUCUAAAACUCCUUCGCAAACUACAUUGGGAGGAUCCGGAGGUCUACGGAAACAUCCUGAGGGCAUUUACAGAGAUCUGGGAACUGAAGUAUGGAAAUAUUCCGAUGGUAGCAAUGCUGGUGUAUGAUUUGCAAAAGUAUCACCUGGAAUUCAGUUUAGCAGUCGUUGAUCAGGUAUUGGAGGACGUUCGUGCGGGUAUGGAGGACAACAUCUUCAAAUACAACCAACGGCGGAUCUCGACCAUCAAAUAUCUGGGCGAACUCUAUAUGUAUCGAGUCGUUAACACGCCUGUGAUCUUCGAUGUCUUAUGGUCGCUCAUCUCUUUCGGUCACGUGGAGGGUCUACCUAUUCCUGGACGUUCGUCGCCAAUCGAUUCGGCAGAUGACUUCUUCCGCAUCCGGCUGGUCUGCGCUCUACUGGAUACAUGCGGUGGUUGUUUCGACAAGGGUUCCAGCAAAAAGAAGCUCGAUCAGUUCCUCGUAAUCUUCCAGCUUUACUGUUUAUGCAAGCAAGAAAUGCCAAUGGAUGUCGAAUUCAUGCUUUCCGACACGCUCGAGACGAUACGCCCCAAGAUGGUCCCCUUCAAGAACUUCCUGGAAGCAGCAGAGGCUACUGAUGAGCUACUGGCGACCAUGUCUCAAGACGUCUUGCCUGAUGACGACGACGACGAAGAGGAGUCCGACGGCGAGUCAGAAGGAGAGCAUAGGGGAGAUGAUGACAAGGAAGAGGAUGAGGAUGUUGACGGUGCAGAAAACGUCCAUGAAACCAGGAUCGACGAUGAUGACGAUGACGAGAAUGUGGUCCUCAUCAAGGACGUCAAAGAGGAAGAGUACGAUCAAGAAGAGGAGGACGCUUUCAAUCGCGAGUUCGCCAAGAUGCUAGCCGACACCACGGACGCGCGCAAGGUCGAUCGCAAAACUGCGCCGCCUGUCUUUGACACGGCCGUACCUUUGAUUCGAAGGCAACAACAGCAACAGGCUCAACAGGACGCGAUCCCAACAGAAACGAAAGCAAAUCACAUGCAGUUUUCGUUGCUCUCGAAGAAGGGAAACAAGCAGCAAAUUCGUUCUCUGGAUAUUCCUGUCGAUUCGGCCAUCGCUGUCAAUUCGCUCUCACAACAGGAGAAGACGAGACAGGAGCAAGAACAGAUGAAACGCUUGGUCCUACAAAACGAGCGUCGCCAAGAAGCUUCGGAGAAGGCUGCCUGGGAGCAAAACAUGCGAUCAAGAGGCAUCCGGGUCAAGUACACAGACGGCUGAGGAAACAUUCGGCAUCAACCUCUAUUCCGAAACGCUGUCAGAUCGACGUAUGCCGCGCCCAAACAGGCCAACCAGUCCGAGCCGUUCGACGACGGUCUCACCGUCGUCGGUGUGCGUCGGCGCGCAAGAAGGCUUCGAAGUCGAUCGCACAUCUCGGUCCAUCUCUCGGCCUAGUGGUACGAGCUAUGGUCAAUCUACGAGCUAUGCGGUCGGCCUGCGCAACUGCGUGUCAUCAGGGCUCUCCCUUUGUACUGCCCGUUGUAUCCUAGGCGAAGUGAUUUUAUAAGCCGAUACAAUAUGUGUCAAUCUGCGUCCUGUGUUAUGAUAUGACUAACGAUAAGCCUUAGG